AUGGUACACGUAGGGCGCGCGUCGGCCGACCAAGCAACCCGAGUGCGGGGUCGUGCGAACCAACGCCCUACAACUGAUGGCUUGCUCUGUCUAUCUGUUAAAUCUAUCAUUCUUAUACCUAUGGACAAUAACCACCCUCCCGCCUACGCCCCCUAUGAGCAAUGCCCACCCCCCGCCUCCGCCUCCUCCCCCUAUGAGCAAUACCCAUCCCUCACCCCCGCCCCCCCCCUCAGGGGCCGCCGAACCCGAAAUGGGUACCCUAUUCCGAUAACAAAGCCCGCCGCUCGAAGUGCUUCGACGACAUUCCCGCUCGAUGGCGCAACCUUUGAUAUCUGUUCGAUGCCGGAAGAGGAGCUUAUAUCCUAUGGCAAAGUUGCUCCAGCUCUUCAUUCGCUGGGUCGCACAAAAGUCGUACGACUGUCCAAAACUCUGGCCAUGAAAUUUGGGCCCACUGUUCUAGCCUCAGAAGGUGAGACUAUGAGAUACGUCGCAACGAAGUUACCGGGAGUAAGGCUACCUCGAGUUUACCGCUGUUUCAAUGUCAACCAGUCUUCGCCACGUUCUGGUGUCCAAGGCUACAUAGUCAUGGACUACAUAGACAGUCCUUCCCUGGACACAUGUUGGGACGAACUCAGUCUCCGUAUUCAGCAAAGUGUGGUUAAACAGGUUGCGGCUAUGGUUGAUCAGCUACAGUCUGUACACAGCGAUCGUCCUGGCGUUAUUGGCGGAGGAAUAUCCCAUGGCAAGUGCUUCAGUAUCUAUGGUUCAGGACUGUUCCGAACGAAAGAAGCAUUUCAGAAAUGGAUUGACCGAAAACUCUACCUAAAUACUUGCAACCAGGUUUGGCUGAUCGAUUGGGAAUGCGCUGGCUUUUAUCCUCCAAUACUCGAGGCUGCUUCUGCGAAACACCAAUUUCAGUUCGAAUCGUUUUCCCGGCUACUUCUACCGCUCAUCUACAACAAUCCUGAGGAGCUAGCGCAGUUUGAGGGAUGCAGCUUUGGCAUUCAUCACGUUUUUAAUUCCCUCCCACCAGAGAUGGAAUCGGAAAGCGAGCAGUAG